AUGCCUUGGUAGUAAGCAUGGAGAACAUAACACUCAUCUGGUAUUUCGGCAACAACAGAUCAAUGCUUGUCUCAAAUUGUCUCUUCAGAAUGGGAGGAGCGGCAAUCCUCCUCUCGAACAAAUCUCGCGACCGUCGUCGAGCCAAAUAUCAACUAGUCCACACCGUCCGUACACACAAAGGUGCGGAUGACAAAUCCUACGGUUGCGUCUUUCAAGAAGAUGAUGACACAAAGAGAAUCGGCGUAUUACUCUCAAAAGACCUAAUGGCUGUCGCCGGAGAAGCACUCAAAACAAACAUCACAACAUUAGGACUAUUAGUCCUUCCUAUGUCAGAACAACUCUUAUUUUUCGCCACAUUGGUUGCGCGAAAAAUCUUCAAGAUGAAAAUGAAAAUAAAACCCUACAUUCCUGAUUUUAAAUUAGCUUUUGAGCAUUUUUGUAUUCAUGCUGGAGGAAGGGCAGUUUUGGAUGAACUAGAAAAAAAUCUUGACUUAAGUGAUUGGCAUAUGGAACCAUCAAGGAUGACACUUUAUAGAUUUGGCAACACUUCUAGUAGUUCAUUAUGGUAUGAAUUGGCUUAUACAGAAGCUAAAGGAAGGAUUAAAAAAGGUGAUAGAACUUGGCAAAUUGCAUUUGGUUCUGGUUUUAAGUGUAAUAGUGCUGUUUGGAAAGCUUUAAAGACUAUUAAUCCUGCUAAGGAGAAAAAUCCUUGGAUCGAUGAGAUUCAUGAGUUUCCAUUUUCAUGUGCCUAAAGUGGAAAAGGUUAUUAAUUCUUAAAUAUUAAUCUUUUCAUAUUUCAUUUUAAUUAAUUUAUUUAUUUUUAAAGAAGGUGUUUGUUUAAAUGGAACAAGCUUGUCAAUGGUGGGUGUUUGUAUUUCUUAGGAAAUGUGGAAGAAUAACUUUGCCAAUUAUUUGUAUUAUGUUCUUGCUAUUAAUUAGUGUGCA